AUGAGAUUUGUGUUGUGUUGUGCGAUUUUGUUCAAAAUAUCACUUGGUAGCUCAGAUUGUGCAUGGUUUGUUGGCAGAUUGAGAUGCUCGAAAAUGGAGAAUUUGGUGAAUACGGUGGUUGAAUUGUAUGAUAGUGAUAUUGGAUAUAAGGUAAGUAGGGAAAGGGGAAAAACUAAGGGAGCUUCGGAGCUGAAAAUUUGAGAUUUAUGAAAAGACCGUAUUUUUCUUCAUUUCAACUGAAUUUUGCCUACUUUCGAUGAACAUUUGGCAUAAAACAAAAUAGAUAUUUGAAAUUUCAAAAUUGUUCAUCAAAAUUCGAUAAAAAUUGACCUGAAAUCAACAUUUUUCAAAAAUUAUUUAAAUUUUGAGCUUAAAGUUCAAUAAAAGAUUUAUUAAAUAUUCCAACAUUCAAAUUUUUUUCUGAAAUCAGAUUGAUUGGAGUUUCAGUGGAUUGUGUGGUCCUGAAGCGAUUUUUCAAAGUAUUUUCCUGUUUCGGACCUUAUCUAGCCGGUUUUGAAAAUCGGAACAGAUUUUUCGUAGACAGAAAAUCCUGAAAAAUUUGAUCCCUGAACAUUUGCGUUUGGGUCCAAUUUUCCAUUCACAGAGUUCCAAAAUGUUCACCUAAACCCCAUUUUUCCAGAAUUUCUUCAACAAAGAUGAUUUGGCUGGUCGAACAAUUGUAACAGAAGAAGACGCUGGACAUUUCAAAGUCGAUGGUUGUGCAGAUGAUCCAAAUUUAUUGGUGGUUUUCAAAAAUCAUCCCGAAUUUUAUCUUCGAAUUCAUCAUUCUUGUAAAGGAUUGUGAGUUUUUUUCUUUUAUUGAUUAUUAAAAAGGUAGAAAUGGAAAAUGGACAAAAAUACAAUUUUCUUUCCCAUGCAAGGGGCUUUUUGUACAGUUUUCACUAUACUAUUACACAAAAAAUGAUUUGUUUUCAUAAAUGAAUCAUCAAUUUUUUUAGUCGUGGGCAAAAAAUGACGAACCCACUAACCAAAAAUUGCCCUUUGAUCAGAUCAUGAAAAAUGUGACAUAUGGUCAAACAUAUGGAUUUUCUUGAGAUGCGUCAUAUUAUUUUUGUGUUGCUCUUUUUUUAUUUUCUAUGUAGUUAAUUUGUUGAAAAUUGAAAGUCGCUCGAAAGUUUUUAAAUCUGGAUUUUUUUACCAGAUAAUUAAUAUUUUUCCGAUAGAAAAAUGUCAAAAACUGAAAUUCUAUUUUUUUUUCCUGAUUAGAGAUAAUGAAAAAUUGACAAAUUCUUAAUCUGCAUAGCACCAUUCAAGAUAAAAAUAGAAAAAAUCUGAUAUUUUCAGCUCGGAAACGAAAAUAGUCACACCACCGAAUGCGGCGAUUUUUGUGCCCGAUACAAAUGACUAUUUCGAAAAUAAUCCAAUCGAUUUGGACUAA